CGGCACGAAUAGCCGCCCGGCGACUCGGGAGACGACGCAUCGUCCAUCUCCGCACCGCGUGGCUCUGACGAAGCAGCCGCGGCGCGCGUAAAGUCCACACCAAAAAAAAAAAAAAAAAAAAAUUACUCGCGCGCGCAAGUCUCCCACAUGCUCGGGAACCGCAGUCUCUGCCGCUAGAGUCGGACCGGGUCUCAUCCCUCCACCCGCUCCACCCUCCGCCGUCAGCUGUGUGCUUCGUUCGCUCCGUGCGCGUUUCUGCCGUGUCCGCACACGCAGCCGAGGCGGUUCAAUCAGCGCAUUUCGAUGGAGAGGUUGACGCCGAGCAGACUGUUGCCGGACCGUUUAGUGCCAAACCGUUAAUGGAAUGCGUCAGCUAUCUGCAGAAACUCAACCGUCUUGGCCCUCGGCUGCGGGGCCGUGAGCAGCUACCAUGACGUAUCCCAACACCAGCAUUCUGACAGCCAACUUCAGCGGCGCUUUGGACGGCCAUGACUCGGGGGGAAACAUCUACCGGCCCUUUUCUGUUUUCAGCGUGCUCACUCUUACCUUGCUGGCGAUGCUGGUGGUGGCCACGUUCGUGUGGAACCUGCUGGUGCUGGUUACCAUCCUGAGGGUGAGGACAUUCCACCGCGUGCCGCACAACCUCGUGGCUUCCAUGGCCAUCUCCGACGUGAUGGUGGCCGCCCUGGUCAUGCCGCUCAGCCUCGUCCACGAGCUGAACGGCAGGCGCUGGAAACUGGGCCGGGUGCUCUGCCAGGUGUGGAUCUCCUUCGACGUGCUCUGCUGCACGGCCAGCAUCUGGAACGUGACGGCCAUAGCUCUGGACCGCUACUGGUCCAUCACCCGGCACCUGGAGUACACGCUGAAGACGCGCAAAAAGAUCUCCAAUGUGAUGAUCGCACUCACGUGGCUGCUGUCCUCCAUCAUUUCCCUGUCGCCUCUUUUCGGCUGGGGGGAGACCUACACAGAGGGGAUGAAGUGCCAGGUGAGCCAGGAGCCGUCCUACACGAUCUUCUCCACCUUCGGGGCGUUUUACCUGCCGCUUUGCGUGGUGCUCUUUGUUUACUGGAAGAUCUACAAGGCUGCCAAGUUUCGGAUUGGUACCCGCAAGACCAACACGAUAACACCCAUGGCAGAGGUGAAGGACGAAACGCAUCCACCGCAGAUGGUGUUCACAGUGCGCCACGCCACCGUGACCUUCCAGACCGACGGGGACACGUGGCGUGAGCAGAAGGAGAAGAAGGCGGCCUUGAUGGUGGGCAUUUUGAUCGGCGUGUUUGUCCUCUGCUGGAUCCCCUUCUUCAUCACCGAGCUCAUCGUCCCGCUGUGCUCCUGCGACAUCCCGCCAGUCUGGAAGAGCAUCUUCCUGUGGCUGGGGUACUCCAACUCCUUCUUUAACCCGCUCAUAUACACCGCCUUCAAUAAGAACUACAACAACGCCCUGAAAAACCUCUUCUCCCGGCAGCGCUGAGCGGGCGCUCCGCGGCGUUGCUCCUCCGGGCAGAGAAGGACCGUCUGUAUGCGUCACUCAAUCAUCCUCAAGAUGGAUGAUAACCAGAGACCGUCUGAGAGAAAUAUGUGUGUUUUAUUUUUGGGUUUUGUUUGCUGGCGAGGGUACCUCACGGCGAGGAUUGAAACGCGCGUCUGAGCUACUGGGUCGACAAAGAGAGGAAUAAAGGGGGUCGCGUUGCAGGUGGCUGUGGUGGUCGAGGGUCCAUCUGCGAGUUGGGUUCAUAUGUGGAGCGGCUGGGAGUGCUUUCAAAAUAUAGAUGGAAGAGAGAUUAAAGAAAAAUCUUUUAGAACUGCUCAAAAGAGCCUGAUAAAAAAAAUGUAAAAAACACAUUUUUUAUUUUCUAAACUAUCAUGACCUGAAAUCCCUUCUGUAAGGAAACCACCGUUUCGCUGAGGACACAUGAACUCCCUGGCUUCACAUGUAACUUAUUCAUACAGACUUAGAUAAACGUACAGCGUCUCCACAGCCGCCGAAUUCCAAUACAUCAAUUCUCUUUGCAAAUGCAACUACACAAACCAUUGGUUUUGAUGAAGCAGGAAGGGCAGAACGAAUUAACACACCAUUAUCUCCAAAUAGAUGCACUGUUGAGGAGCUGCGGGUACGAACCAGCCACACUAAAUAAAGUCACCAGACGCAGAAGAUGUGGGGACCUAUUCGAAGCAUCGCAACUACAGAUGUGAUCAAUAGAAAUAAAAUCGACAAAUGAAUAAAAUAGCAUGGCAUUUUUGUGUAGAAGUUCAUGUGAUGCAUGUUUUUAAAUGACAAACCUUUUUUUCCUGCACACAUUGCUUCUUUCUACUUGAAGCAGCAAGUGAUCGAUGAGCAAUUGAUUCCCAGAAAAUAGUUGUGCUAUAUGGAAUUGAGCUCCCGUUGGAGAGGAACAUGAAAGUAUUGAAAGAUUCUCGUUUAAAAAAAGGUGCUUCUGCUGUCGCUGUCAAGUGAAAAUAAUUUUUCUCCAAAUUUGGUGAUUUUGAAUUGUUCAGAUCAACUGAGGGAUUAUGUUUUAAUGCUAACAUGAGUAGCUCUCUUUAGUGUGUAUGCAUGCUAACAUUAGCCAGUUGGCCCUCAAUACAAAUUGUAGCUGAUGUAGGGAUUCGGUCAUCGACGUGAUGACGGUGGGGAUCAUCGAUGUCAUCACACAUCAUCAUGAUGGGGGGCUUCAAUGUGUGUGUCUAUUCCACGCCAAUUCCUUUUGAGACGUCUCACUGAAAAACUCAAAUGGUGCUAUAGAGAAAAGGUCAGGGGUCAUCACCAAAGUCAAAGGAUUCAUCGCAGCAAACGUCAUACAAAUCCACCCAGUAGUUCUGGAGAUAUUUCCCUUUGGACCAGGUGGUAGACUCAACGACAUUGUCGUCCUCAGCAGUGGCAAGGCUAAAGAAAACAUCGUGGUGGAAAAGGGGUGGUUGUAAAGCUUAAAAUGGGUGUUUUAGCUCAUGAAAGAUUAUAUUUAUAGCGAUGCAUAGUUUAACUUAAAGAAUGACAGAGAAUACUAUGAAAUUAUCCUUUUUCUAGAAUUUAUUUUGUACACAAGUUAGACUACAAGAUUGCACCUGGUCUCAACCCGACCGUAUUCUUUGACCCUGAUUUAGAAUAACAGACCUUAAAUGACAUGGGUUAUAAGUCAGAGCAGUUCAUCAUUUCAAAUAUAAAUAAAUAAUAGCAUCAAAUCAAAAAAACAACAACUACAUACCGAGUUAUACAGAGUAUUUUGUCAUGAAAAAAUGUAUCAUGAAAAUACGCCAACAAACUGCUGUGAAUAUUGAAAUGCAUGAACUACAGACAGGAGCCGAUAUCCUAGAUAUGGUUUAAAAAAUAGAUUUUUUUCAAAAGUGCUGAUUGAUCAAAACUGAUCUGUUUAGCGCUCCUUAAAUGUGUUAAUUGCAUGACUUAUUGGUUGAACAAAAAGGCCCGAGGGUGGUUGGUUAUUCACCCUUUGCCCCCUCUUAGGUCUGGUUCUGUGUGGUGACCAACAAGCUCAGCAACAGCAAAAUGUUACAGAAAUGUGUUGUCCACCAUUCAUCACUGUUUCCCAGUUUUCCUUCUCAAAAGAGGUAAAAAAAUUUAAAAAAAAUCAAAUAGACAAUUACCUCCCUCCAAGACACUUUUUGGGGAAUCCAUACUUAUUUUCAUAGAAGCAGACACGGGAGAACCGGAAAUCGAAUGUGUUAUUGUGUCAGUGUGUUUUCAAUGUGUGCAUGUUUUCUUCCACAGAAGCCUUGGCUGAUGAAAUUGACAAUAAACGAGCCCUUGAUUGGAGAUACACAGCGUCAAGCUUUGCACAUCGGCAUGAAGGCUUAUGAAAGUGAAAGCUGUUCGGGUUGAGCCAUGAGGCCGACUGGCUAGAUAUUUGCCAACAGUUGGCAACAGACACACACAAGCCUGAACAAGGGAAAGAAUUCAGUGUUCUACUUUUUCAUAAUUAUUCAUUAUUAUGAUCAUUGUUGCCCAACUACUGGAAGUCAGUUUAUAAACAGGAAUUAUACCAUCCAAUCCCCCAACAUUCGCGAUUUCACAGCCAGGAGUGAGUCUGCUGUCUUUCAGAGCUGCACAUCCAGCCAUGUUUUCAGGAAGAGCCGGGAUGCAUGAAAAUGGGUCUUGGCUAAACUGACUUAGGAUUAGAACCAGAUGCCCCUGGCAGAGGCAAACCUGUGCGUUAGCUGCUGAAUUGUACAGAAAUGGAUGCAGCUACCAACAUUUUUGAAUAUUUGGGCAAAUCGAGAGCUGCAAGGCUUCCUAGAAACUGUUAUUUUGUUUUACCGUUGCCCCGUCUCUCUUGUCUGCACAACAUAGUGGGCCUGGUGUCGUCCUGUCACUGCGUGUUGUUGUUGUUGUUGUUGUUGCACUCGUUAUUCUGCGCCAGCUGAGUUUUAUCCAAAUGGAAACUGCACAGCAGGACUGUGGAGGAGGGGAUUUUGGUGAGCAUAUGUAUGUGAUAUGAAUGAGCACGUCGCCUUCUUUUCCUUAAUCUCCGCUCAGCUCCUUGCUAGCUUUAUUUGGGUUCUCGGGGCAAAUAACUGAGGUGAUUGUGGAAGAAAGGUCAGUUGGAAAGUCCUAAAUACUCCAGAGGAAAUAUAAGAUAAGCCUUUCUUUGCCCCGGGACGGAACACACAGCACAAUCCUGAAGUUUACCAUUUCAAACUUUAAUUCACGGGCUCUGUUGAAACACGGAAAAGUUGAAAUAUAUCAAGGAAUGCUUUUUUCUUUUCUGUAAAUAUCAGUUUCUGAUAUCUGAUAUCUCAAGAGAUCAAAGAAAAUCUUCUUUUGAAAACACAAGGAAAAGAAAAAAUUAUAUAUAUAUAUACUGUACAUAUCAAUAGAAUAUAUAUAUAUAGAAUAAAUAUAGUGAAGGCAAACAUUGAUCCGUCUCUGCUCGGGGGUUGUAAGCAUGUGUUUACUCUGAAUACCGAUCCAUUGCUGAUGUUUUACUGUUUUCCACCAUCUCUCUCUUCUGACCGCUGCGCUGUCAUUCACUGUAAUAAUUCACUCUGCCAGGCCAUGAAUAGUUAAUACAAUGUAGGUGGGAAGAAUUUCAAACAGAUUCAGCAGAUCCUGCUGUGCCACAGUCCCACUGAUGAAAUAGGAUAAGCCCGUAUGGCAUUUUACACGGAAGCUGUCUGCAGAAUCUCAUCCUGCAUAUAAAGCCCUUCUAAGUGUAAUCCAUCCUCUUUGGAUAACAGCGGCGUGCACACGCAUCGUUGAGUCCGUACAUGCUGUCUGACAACGACAAAUCAUAUGUUGUCUUGGGUUGCGGUGGACUAAGUGUCGUCUGACUGUCUGCAUUUCAGGCACCUUUACGUUUUUUAUUUAUUCCUUCUAAGGUUGUGUCAUGUCUAAUGUAUACUAUUCGUAUGAACUGUUGUUGGUGGCAAACAAGUUUACUUUCUGGGGAUGGAUAAAGCAUUUCUAACCCUAAUUUCACACCCCAUAAAGUGUAUAUUACCCCCCUUGACUAACAAUCUAAGUUCACAUAUAUGACACGUCUCCUCAAUAUCGCCGGACGUUGGAGGCUUUGUUUUUUUUAUUUACAGGUUUGCCUUUUUUUAUUUCCUCUCUCUCUCUCUACACUCUUAAAACACCCGCACAAAGUAUGUUGUCAUGGCAGCGCAUCACCUGUCGACUUAAAAUGAAGUUUGACUCAGACGGAUACAUUGGUUUCUUGUUUGUGAAUGGUUCAAGUGGAACACCCCCCCCCCCACCCAAGGCGAUGUCAGGCUGAAUAUGGAAACCACAUCAACCGAGGUGACAAUUCACCAAUAAAGCAACGCGGCCUCACGCUCUGUUGCUAUGACACCAAGAGAGGAAAAGAAAGCUCCGACUGGUCUGUGAGGAUCCUAUAUACGGGAUGUUAAGUUAAAGGAAGGCAAGUAGGAGAUGUUAUAUGGUUCCUUAUACAAGAUUUUGAGGAUCUUGAAACAUCUUCAAAAUUUCUGAUAGCUUUUCCGAUGACAAAAGUUCAGUACAAAAACUGCAGCGUUACGCCUGCGGGAAGGACCUUCUCUUGGCCAGCCAGCCAGCCUGAGGGUAGGAUUUAAGCAGGGGGUUGACGUCACGCCUUGCAGAGCAAUGUGGCAAAGCAUAUCUAUUGUUACUAUUUCAGCUGAUUUAGCCCACGGCGGUGCCCUUCACCUCAGUCUGCUCGGAAGAUGUUAGCACGCUCCACUUUGAUGUCUGCCGAUGUGCAAGGCGGGAGCCUUUUAUCGCUGUUCACAUUGUACACCCCCAAUGUGAGAGCUUCUGGUUGGAAUUCCCUUGAAGAAAACAUUUCAAUAUGAAUGAGAUCUGUUGCACUGGAACAAAGGCUGGUUGAUUACUCGGGGUUUGAUGAUCAGAACAGCGCCACCAGGAUUUUAUUCCCCGGCGUGGACCUGAAGCCGCCUCAGAACUCGUUUUGACCCCAACGUCUGCAACUGGAACCGAAGAGGCUGCAUUACAGUUUACACGUUAGCACUGCAACAAGUCCCAGGGGCGUUGCAGGCUUUGUUUUACAUUCGUUGUUUAAGUGCAUUCAUAUUCAGGAGAUGUUCGUGGUACAUUGGGAGACACUAAGCCAACUGCAUGGCCCCAAACAUCCCAUUACCUAAUUUUCGGUGAAGUCUGAAUUAGUCUUCACUGCCAGUGUUUUCCCAAGAGGAGCAGCGUUGGGAGACGGAAUACCAUAGCAACAAGCCAGAUAACAACAUUUCAGUGGAAUGAGCACAUCUGUACAGAUUUAACUAGUGCAUAUUAUAUUAAGCAAGCUGUAAUGACGCCAGUAAAUCCAUGUUUCAGACCAAGCAUAGAUGCGGUGCCAUGUUUGCCCUGGCAGGUAUUUUUAAUUGGAUAUAGGAAAUUAUUUUCUUAAUUAGAUUCAUUUUAUUGUAUCCACAUCAGAAACGAAACCAGCCACAAAAUGAAAAAUAUAUAUCUGCGUGCCGCUCUAGGAUUUUCAUUGCGUUCUUUGACAAAUUGUGCCAUGCUGAAAUGCCAGCAGUGAUAACCUUAAGUGGCCCGCUGAUUGCCCGCGAGUUUCCAAUUCUGCCGGAGCUGCUUUUGAGAGGUUCAAACUGCAUGAGGAAAAUGUUGAAUUAGCAUUUAAUUGCUGUUUAGGAAGGUGCUUAUUACUAAAAUGUUACGUCUCAUUUAUUCUAGAUGGAUGACGGAUUGGUAAACGCUAAAUGACGCGUGGAAAACGGAGGAAAAAUUUAGCUUAUUAAGAUUUUAAUGUGGUGUCCUUUACAAUAAUGUGUGGAUCGUGACAAUUGACUUUCUAUGAUCAUCAAUAAUUCAGACUAAAUGCAGCAGUUUGGAACAUUUUGAUGGCUGGCAAAAUGCAAGGCAGCUUGUAUUUGGCACCAUCGUCACCCCAUGCCUUAGGUUUUUUUAUAGCAGUUGGCCAAUGCCAGCUCCAAUCCACGCAGCCCACUUCUCACUUAAAAUGUCCUCUUGGGCUGCAGCACUUAGCAACAUGUUCUCUCUGCCAGGGAGGCUCAAUACCAUCGACGUGAUGAGAGCUGAACACGUAAAAACGAAUGCAAUGUAUUAUAUAUGAAGAGCGUAGAUCACUUUGAAUCCAGCGGACUUAACAUUUUAAUAAUUGAAGUUAAAACUUUAUUAAAAGUGAGAUAGCAACAGAGACAAUGAGUUACUGAAUGCUGACUGAAUGCUUAGCUAUAAUCAAGAAUAAAUGAGCGUAAUACGAUACGAUCGGACCAUCCAAAGAUCUCUCUGUAACUACUCAUACAUGACGCUAUUGUUUACGUUUCUAAAUGCAGACUGCAGUGUUAUUUGAUUAUUGACGACCCAACGGGGCAGAUACCAAUGUGCCGAGUGGGCAGAUUCAAGGGGGGGGGGGGCGAUCCAUUAGCCAAAGCAAGUCCACUGUGACCGGUGAAAUAAGUGUACAGUGGGUGGAUGCAGGUGUGAUGAUAAGGACGAUUCAAAGGAAAAUAAAUGUACAGUGGGAUCUUCUAAAAGUGUGUUUUACAAGUGGAAAAUAAACAAACCUUUGA